CUGCUCCUCUCUCUUCUGCCAUCCCUGCGUCAUCCUCAUAUUCAUUCUCCUCUAAUCAGCCACCAUGACUGAUUCUUCUUCCUCUAAUUCUACCAAGUCCUUCUUCCACCUAUCUUUAGCUGUCUCCAACAUCAAAAAUCACAUCUGCAUUACUCUCGAGAUGGAAAACGUCCAAUAUGGGACAUGGGCGGAACUCUUCAAAAUCCAUGCCAAAUCCCACAGAUUCCUUCACCAUAUUAUUCCACCCGAGUCCGGGAAAGAAAAGGUGCCCAAAAUCGAUGCUGAACAAGAGUUAUGGUCGACUCUUGAUGCCACGGUUCUUCAAUGGAUUUAUGCUACCAUCUCUACUGACCUAUUUCAUACUAUUCUUGAACUCGACUCCACGACCAUGGAUGCUUGGAAUAGGUUGCGUGACAUAUUCCAGGACAACAAAAAUUCUCGAGCUAUCACUCUUGAGCAUGAAUUUUCUCACACAAAUAUGGAGGACUUCCCUAAUGCUUCCGCGUAUUGUCAACAACUCAAGAUUCUAUCUGAUCAACUCAAGAACGUCGGUGCUCCAGCCUCCAACAACCGCCUCGUCCUUCAAAUGGUAGCCAGACUCACUGAAGCCUAUAAGGGGGUAGGUACACUCAUCCGUCAAAGCAAUCCCCUUCCUCUCUUUUAUCAAGCCUGUUCCAUGCUCAUUCUUGAAGAAAUAAGCUUUACCAAACAGCUUGCCACGGGAUCCACUACCGCCAUGCUUCUUUGGGAUUACGACGAAAAUCCAUCUUCUGGAAAUAACCACCCAAACCGUCAGAAUAACAGUGGUAAAAAGCAUCAAAACAGUAGUAACAAUGGUGGAAAGAACUGUGGCAGAGGCGGUGCCAAUAGAGGCAGUGGCAGCCGAAACAACGGUGGUUUCGGUGGUGGACGCGGCAGCAGCACCACGACCAGUAGCAACAAUGGCAGCCUUGGAUGGGAAAUGCACAACAAUGGCAAUGACCCUUCAUGCCGUGGCCGGUGCCUCCUUGUCCGUAUCCAACCACUCCAAGGCCCAGGACUAACACUCAACAAUGGCAGGCUGGCAUACUUGGGCCACGUCCACCGCAAGCUUACUCUAUAG